CCCUCUUCCUCCUCCUCCUCCUCUUCCUCCUCCUCCAUCUCUGAAUCACGGAAAAACACCAACAUGACGCGUCUGUUGCUGCUCCGCUCUCCACCGCUCCUCUCUGGUGCAGCAGUGUAGCCAUGGUUUACGCCCAGUCGUCCCUCGGUGUCAAUCCAUCUCUUUACUCUCCGUCGUUCACACAUCAGAUGUCAUUUAACUUCUCUGUGAGGGAGAACUCGACUGUCCUGGCAACGCUCCCCACAACCCCCCUGUGCAGCCUCGAGGGCUCGUCCUCUGGCCAGACCAACAGGACCCACACCUCCUACGAACUGACUUCAGGUGAGGUCGCCAUCCUGGGCUUGGUGUUUGCGGUUCUCUGGUUGAUCUCCAUCCUGGGAAAUGCCCUCGUCUGCCUGGUCAUCCACCGGAGCCGACGGACUCAGUCCACCACUAACUACUUUGUGGUGUCCAUGGCCUGCGCUGACCUGCUCAUGAGCCUGGGUUGUGCCCCAUUCGUCCUCCUGCAGGUCGCCUCGGGAAGAUGGCCGCUGAGCGCCGCUGCCUGCAAAGCUGUACGCUACCUGCAGCACCUGUGCCCCGGGGUGCAGGUGUACGUCCUGCUCUCCAUCUCUGUAGAUCGCUUCUACACGAUCGUCUACCCCCUCAGCUUCAAGGUGUCCAGGGAGAAAGCGAAGAAGAUGAUCCUGGCCUCGUGGCUUUUUGAUGCAGCCUUCAUCUCGCCAUGCCUCUUCUUCUACGGAUCCACAUCUACAGACAGUCACUGUGAGUUUUUCCUUCCAGACAGCUGGGGCAGUAUAGCCUACGCAGCGGUUCACCUGCUGUUUGGUUUUCUGGGCCCGGUAGCGCUGAUCGUGUCCUUCUACCAGCGGGUCGUCCGCUACAUCUGGAGGAUCAGCGCUGACGGCCACUCAGUGCGCAGGACAAUGAACAUUGUCCCACGGACUAAAGUCAAGACCAUCAGGAUGUUCCUCAUGCUCAAUUCAGUUUUCUUCCUCGCCUGGACGCCGUUCUACGUGGCCCAGCUGUGGCACCCGAGGGAGUCCGACGCGCCCAGCAGGCAGGGGCUGCUGUUCUUCACGGCCAUCGCCUGGGUCUCCUUCAGCUCCACGGCGUCCAAACCGACCCUGUACUCCGUCUACAAUGCAAACUUCAGAAGGGGCAUGCGGGAGACUUUCUGUAUGUCGUCCAUGAAAUGUUACCGCAGCAACGCGUACACCAUCACGGCGAGCUCCCGGGUGGCCAAAAAGAACUACAUCGGGGUGGUGGACCUCCCGGUGCAGGCGAAGACGGUCGCCAAGGACUCGGUUCACGAUACGUUUGGCCGAGAGGUGAAGGAGAAGAAAGUCGCCUGGCUCACAAACGCCAAUCCGCCAAACACUUUUGUGUAAAUGACUUUGGAAAAUCUAGAAACUGUGAACUUGAAAAAAACAAACACGAGAAACUUUAUUCAUCCAAAGCGCGUCAGUGUUGGCAGGUGAGCUCGACGGAGGCUCCACACUGGACUCGAGCAGAAACAGAAUGUUUGCGUAAAGGGCUUUCUUUCUGGAUGUAACACGCUCCCGGCAGCCAUGUUUGUACUUCUCAACAAGCUUCUGAACAUCAAGCUGAUUUUAUACGUCAGAUUUGAAUCCUAGUUGAUUUGUGUGCCGUGUUUCGAUGGAUCGUUUUGUCAAUGAUGCAUCAGAUUCUGUGUUUUUAUUAACGUCAGCUUGUUCGCUCGCUAAACCAUCGUCCAUCUAUAAGUGAUUUGCUGCAGUAUUGCACGUGGUCCAAGCUAACGCUAGUAGCCGCGCGUUAACGUUGACAUCACUGCUUAGCUACAGUAGGAGUAACGGUGAGUUCAACAUGUUCCGUUUGUUGGGAGGAGGAACACGAGUGUAGAGGAUCGGGUCUCAAGUCCUGAACAGAUAAUAAACUAAAUCAUUAAUG